GCAGUUGCGCUUGCUCCCAAUCUCUCCUCGCAGCAGACCAACAACAACAUGGCUCCCAAAGACCAACACACACACAUGGUGCUCUGGCUUUUCCUCCUGGCGCUUGUCCAGACCGCCGAGGCGUUUGACGGAGGAGAUGCGCUGGCUUUACUGUUGGGCGCGACCGUGACGCUCGUGGGAAUCUGCGCGUGUUUGGGCUGGUACGCGCGCACGCGGAACGGCCAGUUUUGAUGAUCAACCUGCUGAUCAAGGCCUCAUCCGGAAAUGUGACUGAGUGCGGAAGGACUGUCAUGCAUUUCUACUGAAGAGAAUUGGAAAUGCACGCAGAGGAAGGACCUAUAUGGAUAAUAUAAGCUGUUUAUUUUAUUCUUGACGUAUUAUCCAUUUCAAUGACACUAUCCUUCCUGCCCCUGUGCACCACGUGAGAAACUUCUACAUUACCAGCGUUGAAAAGUCCAUUAGAUUAUCACUGCUUGCAGAGAACAAGAUCAUACAGACGUUCUCUGACACAUUUCUAUGGACUUGGACAUUCUGGCGGGCUUGUGAUGGUCUCCUGCCAUGUUACUAUCACUGCAAGACAAUCUGCUUUCAAUUUCACUCCUAAAAUUGUGGAUUGCUUUCUCUGUCUGCAUAAAGCAUUUAAUGUCUUUGCCAAUGUGCUUUAGAGAGGGAGGGUGAUGCUGUUUGCUUUGUCUGUUUAAAGGUUAUAAAUGUUAUUACCUAUGUGCCUAUUGUCCAAGUGAGACUUUGCAUCUGUUGCAAAUUAAUAGACUGAAAAUUGAAAAGCUCUUUCAUUUUCAUAAAUUUUUAAUUCUCUGCUAAAUGCACACCAAAAUAAACUGCAUAUAUAGUGGUUGCAAAAGUCAUUCCUUCUAAGUCAUUGAAAUACAUACAAUAAUAAACCAAGUUACAUUUGCAAAAAAU